AUGAAAGAAAAAGGAUCAUUUCUGAAAUUACUGUUCUUACUUUAUUUAAUAUGGCCAAUAUCAGAGGAUGCUGUUGUUAAAAUUACUGUUUAUCAUCAACAUGAAACAGUCUUGUCAAAAGGAGACUUUAUUAGUCGAGCCUACAUAACCCUGAGAAAUCUACAAGACUACGAAAGAGCAUACAAAAGUUGGUAUACAUUAAUGAGUAAAGAUGGUAAAGCUGAUAAGGAUCGAGGAGAAAUUGAAGUUAGUUUAUAA